UGUCCUAGCAAGAACCUAGAGCGCCUGUUAGCUUUUCGUACUAGGAUUGAUGCGCUUACUGACCGUGAGGUGAACUGGCUACCGUACGGAGUUGAUCCUGCAUUACGAGUGCCCCCCACUUUAUUCAUUGGCUGCAUCCAGUACCGUAACAUCAUUGAGUCGUACAUGCCUGAUAGAGUGGUGCGCCAGCUUGGUUUCGUGCAAGGCAUUCCCCGCGAAAUAAUCAGGCUAGAGAAGGCCAAGAGGCCGACUAACUUGAAGAUGUAUCGGGUAGACUUCUUGACUGAGAUGACAGUUGUGAUGUGGAACAGGUUUGUCCUUGGGGUAUCUCAGAGUGUUGUUUUAGGUGCCCUACCCAGGCUUAGUGCUGCAGCUCCUUCGGUUGCGCCUGAUUACAUGCAGUGGAUGUACAGGUUUUCUCACCCGCGGGUAUCUCCAGGUGCAGGAGUUACAAGCAACCUGCCUGAGCGGACUAACACUGAUUACUGGAUGGGUCGGUCCAUGGAGAUUCACCAAAGAGCACUAGCUGAGUAUCCUGAAAUGUCGAGUGAGACUCGAACAAUGACUGAGCAGCUUGUAUUUGAUUGGAAGUCAAAAAUGGGACUUUAGAUUAUUUUGAUUAGAUGUUCUGUUAGUGGUUUUAAUAAUGUUAUGAACUUAUUUUUAAUUUUUUUUAAAUGUAAUGUAUAAACUGGACACUUAUUUUAUUUUAUAUUUAAUGUUUUGUUGCAUAUCAUGUUAGAUUAAAAGCAAAUACAUUUAAAAUUAAUUUCAUAAUUCUAAUUUUCUUACAAAUGUUCAAAGUUAGUAAAUGUACAUU